AUGUCCGAAUUCGUUUGCUUCGUAGUUGAAGGGUAAACUCAUUACAUUGAAGCCAGCAAGUGUCUGAGCAUGACUCUCCAAACUGAGAAGAAAGGCCUUGUGUAUACUGCCACUAUGCCAAAAUGGCUAACGAUGGAAGCUUUCUCAGUUUUCCAAUAGUUCCUCAACAAUCAAUUGGAUAUUCAGAAGAAAUACACUGAUCAAACUCUACAAAGACUCUUAUGGUUGGGAGAUCAUCUGCAGAUGGAAUUCUUUUAAGAGACUGUAAUUCGCGAUCUCAUUUUAGAUAGAGUGACUGUUCAGAAUUGCAUUUUGUUCUUAAAUGAAGCAUUCAAAAAGCUGAAAGCAUGUGAAGAUUCCCCAGAAGUAUGGUACUAGAUGUUGAAUGUCUGUAUGAAUUUCACAGCAAGGAAUUUAUUACUCAUAUACUAAUCCAAUCCCAUGGAUCUCAAUAAGAUCAACUAGAAAGUCAUCGAAGAGAUACUAGAAAGAGCAUUAAAAAAUUAUCGCAAAAAGAACAAUCCCGAACUGCUAUAAAUAGUCUAAAAGAUCAGAAAUUGUUAAGACAUAGUGCAAAUAAUCACUUAGCAAAAAUAAACUGUCUUGGCCAAGAAGAUCAACUAUCAAACUCAUCCUAGCAUUAAUUGGAAAUUAUCAAAUCUCUCCUCCAUAAUCAACAAAGAAACCCAAUAGUUUAAAUUUUCAGAUUUCACAUGGAAAUUAGUAGCCAAAAUGGAGGAUAAAGUCCUCAAAAUUUAUCUUAAAUUAGAAGACAUCGAUCCUGAAUUAAACCUAAGAAUCAUUGCUCUCUAUUUCUAAUUGCAACUUUCCCAAUUCGGUCUAGAGCAAUUGAAGUUAGUCAAUUUGGUUGCUAGCAAAGGAAAUAAAAUUCUCCUAUGCGAAUUCAAUGAUCUGAAUAAAUUUGAUUAACAAAAGUUGGAAUUCACAGUUUAUCUUAACACUGACCAAGUAUUGACCCUGUGUUUGAAUCAUUUGUAUUACAAUUUGAACCCCACAUAUAAUCUGAGCAAACUGGAUCUGGAUGAUUGUUUGAUUCUCUUAGCAGCCACUCCUCAAGUCUAAUAGGCAUAGGAAAAGUCAUUCCAAUUACUAUUAGAAUUUGUGCCUCAACUAAAUCCUAAUGAUUAUGAAAGAUGCAUCAAUUAACUGAAUUUGUCCUUGAUGAAUACUGAAUUUUUAAUGAAAUAUGCCAAAUCACCUUUGCAUCAGUUCAUUUAGAACGAACUAGACAAGAGAUAACCAUAACAAUAGAGAUCAUAUUCUGUUUCUAAGGAUUCAAAAAGCUCUUCAAGGAUAUUAAGAUAGGUUAGUGCAGGAGGAAGUAAGAACGAUAAAUCAGGAGAUUAAUUAGUAAAUCGCAGUUAAAGCAGUGAGAAAUUGCACAAUGAAAUGCCAAUCAAUAAACUACAAUAAUUGAAGAAAACACCAAGUCAACAAAAGGUUUGA